GAGGGGCAUGGUUGGGCAUCUAAUCUCAGCUGGAUCAUCUGCAGUGUUACCAGCUUGUUCAGCCGCUUCUUCCAGCCAUCCUUCGACAACUUCAGUCGGAUGCCAUUCCCCAGAGCACCGGUUCUGGAUUAACAGGCUAACCUUCAAAUAGAGUUCAAAAGCAAGAGGUGCUCCACGGUAACCUUACCGUAGUCUUGUCGCUCGGCGGCGGCAUCCGGGGGCAACGACGAGGCUGACCACAGCGCCGGCCAGCCGACUCAAGCUUGAGCAAUCAAUGCCAUUACCCGGACCAAAAGUGACUACCGGUAUGAAAAAUGGACUUGAACUCCUGUCUGGAGUGGCGCAUUCUUCAACGUGUCGGAUCUGGCGUCGUCGGUAGGCUGGCAUCACACAGGUACAGGCGAGGGCGAGAGGCGACUCCCUAUCAGGCGGCCACCCGCAACAUUGCGUUCGAGAACAACCUUGCGUUUCUCGAGACAGAACUGCGCGAGAUAUUGAAGUGGAGGGUACCUCAAACUGUGCCUCAGGCUUUUUACGACGACCUUGGGACCAAGCUCAAGAGGCUGUGCACUGUGCUCGAGGGGGCGGUCAACUUGUCACUCGUGACUGGGAACAAGGAAGCAUGUCCCGCCACAGGAGAUACGCAGCCAGUCGCCGAACAGGCCAAAGAGUGCGAUGUGCAGUCUUACUCUAACUUCAGGGCCCUGCUAGAGUACUUGGACGACCACUCGGAGAACGCUGACACUUUCGACCUCGACAUUACCAAGGGCCCAAACCCAGCACUCUUCUGUGUACGAGACGUUCAGCAGGCCAAGACGGCCUUAGAAGCGGCUCAUGACUGCAACGAUGCUUUCGUACGGCUCUGCAAAAAAGCUCAAAACUCAGCGCAGCAUACCAUGACCCCAUCUGGGACGGAAUCGUCAGCGAGCACCGACAUCCAGUCUCAGGAGCGAACAAAUGAAGUGCUGCAGUCAUUAUUUGGGGCUUCCUCCUGCGACAUGACCCACGAGGUAUUAUUGUAUCUUUCAGACGAUAUCUAUGACAGCCAGUCACGGCCAACACUCAGCAUGUUCCUAUCCUGUUGUUCACAUCCCGGCACGUGGCAAGAAGCCAAAUGCCUGCCCUACGCCGAACAUUUCCGGGUAGGGGAGAUCCGGAACAUUUGCCAGGAUCUUGAGUGCUGGGCCAGAGGCAAACUAUUCCAGAUCCUCCACGAACAUCAGGGCUUAUUCCAUGCCCUUGAUGAUAUAUCGCCAAUAUCAUCUCUCAAUAUAGAUCCCGGUCAAUCCCUCGGGCACUAUAUAGAAGAAGGAGCAUUUCUUCGCAAUGAUCGGGAGAAACUUCGACCAGCCGAGUUUUUCAGUCCCAGAGAGAAGCAGACUCUGGCGCUGAAACUGGCUCGUUGUCUCCUGGGCUUCUUGGACUCCGAUUCCACUUCGCCCAGUUGGAAUUCUGGAAAAGUAUAUCUCCUCACUCCACCGGGAGUCAAACCACGGAAUGCGUUUCUCUAUCUCGCCUUCAAGAGAGGAAAUGAUCACUCACCUGCAUUCACUAUCGGGUUUGCUGACCCCAUCCUCCUGGAGUUCGCCAAGCUACUGUUGGAGAUUGAUCUUGGCAUCUCGAUCAACCUCAGCCAAUGCCAGGACCGGCAAGCGCAGUGGGGUACCUUGUGCCACUUGCUGUACGACUCUCAGCUGGGCGGCAGUGGGCUGUACGCCGAGGCAGUCAAAGGUUGCCUCUACUUGCAUAAUGAAUUCCUCUCCCGCCCCAGUGACGAGGACCCCAGGGUCUUUUUGCGAAGGAUCAUCCGUCAGGAGGUAGUCAGCAAACUUGAGAUGGCUCUAAACGCGCCGACAGCAUCAAGUGGGAAGCGGCAACGCGAAGAGUCCGACGACGGUCCCAUACCGCAUAACGGUACCGGUAAUGGUGGUCAUGUCAAACCUAGUACGGGGCUGCUUCUUCCAAGUGGAAGUUCUUCCCAUCCGUCUAAAAGGCAACGAAUUGACCUGGCCGAGCAGCGCAGUCGCGAAGGGCAGCGCGAUGCAGACCCGUUACCACAGCCUUUGCCCGCCACUAACGAGCCUUCGACAAGGCGUUCAACGGCGGGUAGGAUGACCGUCUUUCGAGCUCGCGAGGUGCCGUUACAGGACCAGGUUUCUAUCCGUGUCAUAGUCACUGAUAUUAUACGAAAGAAUAUGAGCGACAGUGAAAAGGCGAGCACCAAAAUUGAGGUCAAAGACAUUACACAGUCGACUAUCAAAUACUCCCCUUCAAGGACCGGCAAGAGAGGGACAACGCUAGUCAUCUUUCGUGGCCUUGUCCCCGAACCGUUCAGGGCAGUAAUGAAGAGCAGCGAGGAUAGUGAUGUCUUCUUCAACAACAGUGAGGACGAAGAGGAACUGUCAAUUGAUCUCGAUACUAAAUUUAUCGGCGCAACGCAGCUCUAUGAACCGCGGCCUGAGGUCGAGGUUGUUGCUGACAUCGUCGCUAUCCACGGUCUUAACGGGCAUCCAUACGGAAGCUGGCUCAGCAAGUCCGCAAAGCCUAAGAUGUGGCUAAAGGAUUUCCUCCACGAAGACGCAAACAGCUGUCGCAUAAUAAUCUACGGCUACAAGUCAAAUAUUUUUGACGAGCAGGAGCACCCCCGACACGAGCUCUUUAGCCAAGCAGAGAGACUCAACGCAACAUUAAACAACAUCAGAAACACACCCGAGGUGGGAAACCAGCUCUGCUAUCCUUGGUUGAAGCUCUCAAGCUCCCGGUACUGACAAUCGCAGUCACAAAGAAGGCCCAUUAUUUUUCUUGCCCAUAGCUACGGAGGCUUAGUAUUAGCCCGGACACUUGUGGAAGCUCGAACA